UUUUUGUCUUUUUUGGGUUUGUCUUUGGCCACGAACUGUGGAAACAAAUUGCAGCUGCUGAUUGAACUGUCUUGGUCGAUCUAGGUGCCCAUGGUAAGAGUGUAUUCUCUGAUGAGACCAACUGGAAUCAAGAUGCCAAUUGAGUCUGCACCGCCCAGACUAACACCUUUGCUUUCUGGAUCGAUCAUUGUACCAGACAUGGCAGCACACCCCCCACAGACUGGGCACCCAGUAGAGGACUCUGCUUCAGAUGCACAAGCUAUCACUGCAUGCCAGACUUGCGACUCCUAAUCAAAGGAGUAACAGGUUACAGUGCUGUUGUCCUGGUCCAAUCAACUGAUUCUGGCACAUGAAACUAACUUGGAGGUGCUUUAAACUAAUCUUCGUCAUACUUCUGGCUUUCUGGACAUUGCAGUCUAACAACCUUUUAUGGCAAUGGGCACAACGUCGUCAAUGGGACUUUUAGACUGCCCACCAUCCACAGGACCACCAUGAGCACCCUUGGUAUGUGGAAGCUAGGCAUUAAUUUGCCUCCUUCUGUAAAUCACGGUGACUUGAACCUUAUAGUGAGUGGUAAGAGACCUUAAGGAAACACCACGAGUAGAUUGUAUGACCCUCAGACAACUGCAGAGAUCUCGUCAAAUGAGGCUACCCUAAACUGCUCAGAGGUCGUGUGGCCAAUGGGCUCAGCCCCGGCGGCCUCGAAGAGCGGAAAUUGGCCCUGGAGCAUGUGGGCCCUGGGGCGUGGAUUGAGCGCCGUCCUCUCCUGAGGCCCGUGGAGCCGGGCGAGUGGGAGGAGGACUCGCGCUCAGGUAAUUAACCAGAACAGGAUCAACACACGUGUUCUCUACAGCCUUUCCAUGGAUCCUUUCCGACCAUCGUUCAGGGGCCAGUCUCCUGUCCACCCAUCCCAGUGCCAGGCUGUACGGAUGCCAGGCUGUUGGCUACAAGCUUCUAAACCUUUGGACCCAGCUCUGGGCAGGGGAGUACCUGCAGGCAGAGGCCAUGUAUUUGGAAAGCCAGAGGAGCCAAACACACAGAGGGGGCCAGCACAAAGGGAGUCUGUGGGUUUGGUCUCCAUGUUCAGAGGCCUGGGCAUUGAAACAGUUUCUAAGACGCCUCUGAAACGGGAAGUGCCUCCAUCAGGUAGAGGCAUUUUAGGUCGAGGCUUGUCUGCUAAUCUGGUACGCAAGGACAAGGAGGAACUCUCUCCCACUUUUUGGGAUCCAAAAGUGUUGGCAGCUGGGGACAGCAAGAUGGCAGAGGCCUCCGUUGGUUGGAAUAGGAUGCUUGGAAGAGGGAGUUCGGAUGCUUCUUUAUUACCACUGGGAAGAGCAGCAGGUGGUAUCGGCAGAGGAGUGGACAAGCCUCCCUGUGCCUUCAGUGCACCAUUCCGGGAUCCCCCGCAGCUGUCAUCACUACCAGCUCUGCCUCAGUCCCCCCUGCACUCUCCAGAUCGCCCUCUGGUCCUGACUGUGGAACACAAGGAAAAAGAGCUUAUUGUGAAGCAGGGAUCAAAAGGAACACCUCAGUCUUUGGGACUGAACCUCAUCAAAAUACAAUGUCAUAAUGAAGCAGUUUAUCAAUAUCAUGUGACUUUCAGCCCCAAUGUGGAGUGCAAAAGCAUGAGGUUCGGCAUGUUGAGGGACCAUCAAGCUGUCACCGGCAACGUCACUGCGUUUGAUGGAUCUAUUCUCUAUCUGCCUGUUAAGCUUCAACAAGUUCUUGAGUUAAAAAGUCAAAGGAAAACAGACAGUGCUGAAAUCAGCAUUAAGAUUCAGAUGACAAAGAUCCUGGAGCCUUGCUCUGACCUGUGCAUUCCCUUCUACAAUGUUGUUUUCCGUCGGGUAAUGAAACUUUUAGAUAUGAAGCUUGUGGGGAGAAACUUUUAUGACCCUACAAGUGCUAUGGUACUACAGCAACACAGAUUGCAGAUCUGGCCAGGCUAUGCAGCUAGCAUCCGAAGGACAGAUGGAGGGCUCUUCCUGCUAGCUGAUGUCUCCCAUAAGGUCAUUCGAAAUGACUCUGUGCUGGAUGUCAUGCAUGCCAUUUAUCAGCAGAAUAAAGAACACUUCCAGGAUGAGUGUACUAAGCUUCUGGUUGGCAAUAUUGUUAUCACCCGAUAUAACAAUCGUACCUAUCGUAUUGAUGAUGUGGAUUGGAAUAAGACUCCAAAGGAUAGCUUCACGAUGUCUGAUGGGAAAGAGAUCACAUUCUUAGAAUACUACAGCAAAAAUUAUGGGAUCACAAUUAAGGAAGAGGACCAGCCACUGCUGAUUCACAGGCCCAGUGAGAGACAGAAUAAUCAUGGGAUGCUGCUGAAAGGGGAAAUCCUGCUGCUGCCCGAGCUUUCUUUUAUGACUGGAAUCCCAGAGAAGAUGAAGAAGGACUUCAGAGCCAUGAAGGAUUUGGCCCAGCAAAUCAACCUGAGCCCCAAGCAACACCAUAGUGCUUUGGAAUGCUUGCUGCAGAGAAUUGCAAAGAACGAGGCAGCCACCAAUGAACUGAUGCGUUGGGGGCUCCGUCUGCAAAAGGAUGUACAUAAGAUUGAAGGACGUGUUCUACCAAUGGAAAGAAUUAACUUAAAAAAUACUUCAUUUAUCACAUCUCAGGAACUAAACUGGGUUAAGGAAGUAACCAGAGACCCUUCCAUCUUGACUAUCCCCAUGCAUUUCUGGGCACUUUUUUACCCAAAGAGAGCAAUGGAUCAGGCUCGAGAACUGGUCAACAUGUUGGAGAAGAUAGCUGGCCCCAUUGGCAUGCAUAUGAGCCCACCGGCCUGGGUUGAACUAAAGGAUGACCGGAUAGAGACCUAUGUCAGAACCAUUCAAUCCAUGUUAGGAGCUGAGGGAAAGAUACAGAUGGUUGUUUGCAUCAUCAUGGGCACACGUGAUGAUCUCUAUGGGGCCAUCAAGAAGCUGUGCUGUGUGCAGUCCCCAGUGCCCUCCCAGGUUGUCAAUGUUCGAACCAUUGGUCAGCCCACCAGGCUUCGGAGUGUGGCCCAGAAAAUUUUACUUCAGAUUAACUGUAAAUUGGGUGGUGAGCUCUGGGGAGUGGAUAUUCCUCUGAAACAGUUAAUGGUAAUCGGGAUGGAUGUUUACCAUGACCCCAGUAGAGGCAUGCGCUCCGUGGUUGGCUUCGUGGCAAGCAUCAAUCUCACCCUCACAAAAUGGUAUUCCCGGGUGGUGUUCCAGAUGCCGCAUCAGGAGAUUGUGGACAGCCUGAAGUUAUGCCUCGUGGGCUCCUUAAAAAAGUUUUAUGAGGUGAACCACUGUCUACCAGAGAAGAUUGUGGUAUACCGUGAUGGAGUGUCUGAUGGCCAACUGAAGACAGUUGCCAACUAUGAGAUUCCUCAACUACAGAAGUGUUUUGAGGCUUUUGAGAAUUAUCAGCCCAAGAUGGUGGUGUUUGUAGUUCAGAAGAAAAUCAGUACUAAUCUAUAUCUGGCUGCUCCUCAGCACUUUGUGACUCCUACUCCUGGAACUGUGGUAGAUCAUACAAUAACAAGCUGUGAGUGGGUGGAUUUCUACCUUCUUGCCCAUCAUGUACGGCAGGGCUGUGGCAUUCCUACGCAUUAUGUCUGUGUUCUCAACACUGCAAACCUGAACCCUGAUCAUAUGCAGAGGCUGACUUUCAAACUGUGCCACAUGUACUGGAAUUGGCCUGGCACCAUCAGAGUUCCAGCUCCUUGCAAGUAUGCCCACAAGCUAGCUUUCCUGUCAGGACAUAUCCUGCAUCAUGAACCAGCCAUCCAGCUGUGCGAGAACCUGUUCUUCCUGUGACUGCGCAGCCUGGAGAUGGGCUGGUGAGAAGACAGGCAGCCUCUGAACUCAGCUGUGACUAUUGCAGAGUCAACGGAGACUGAAGUGGGCUUUUGUGUUAUUUUCCCUUUCUCCAAUCCUGUAGAAUAAGAUUUCUUUUUUGUCUUUUAAAGCUCAUAUUGCCAAGAAGUAAGUUUCUAAGUAACAGCUGAAAAUGGCCUUGUUGUCUAUGUGGAGCAAGUUACGGUAGUACUGCUGCUCUGUAGGUAGAGCAGGUGACUCUGGGGGACCAUUAAGAGCCUCCAGCCAGGCGCGGUGGUUCAUACCUGUAGUCCAAGCACUUUGGGAGGCCGGGGUGGGUGGAUCAUGAGGUCAGGAGAUCGAGACCAUCCUGGCCAACAUGGUAAAACACCAUCUCUACUAAAAUACAAAAAAAUUAGCCUGGCGUGGUGGUGCACGCCUGUAGUCCCAGCUACUCAGGAGGCUGAGGCAGGGAAAUCCCUUGAACCCAAGACCGGGAGGUGGAGGUUUCAGUGAGCUGAGAUUGUGCCACUGCACUCCAGCCUGGUGACAGAGCAAGACUCUGUCUCAAAAAAAAAAAAAAAAAAAAAGCCAACAUGAGCUGCAGAAACCUGCAGAAGCAGCCAUUAUACUUCUAAGCUGUGCCCACCAAGUGGUUCCCAUUUCUGGAGCCAGAGAUGAUAAUUAAUGAAGUCAUCGCAUGUUUCCUAAAGAGAAUAACUCAGGCAACUGGGAAAGGCAGUGGAAGGUCUGUGAAGCAAAGUUUUCGAGUAGAUACUGCUAUUACUGGCAGGUGUGCAAGGCGCGUAGUAAAAUCAGUUUGUGGCAUAGGUAGGCCCUUGCUGACUAAAUCCUUUCUGGGGAUUGAAUUGAUGAUGUCCUGUGACUUGAGGUGGAUUUGAAAAUGGCUUCCCUUGGCCUCUUGAAAGAGUGCAGAUGAAGCUUUUUCCAUGGCUUUCUGUAACUUUCCAGCAUACCAUGUCGAUUUCUUCCUCCCCCAAAUAUACACAUGCUCUUUUGCUCUUUGUGCCUGGUCUUCAGUAAUUUUUAGUUUUUUAACAGGUGGAAAAAAUCUAGCAGCUAGGAAAGUUCAGGUUGGGGUGGGAGUUUUUAGUGAGCUUUUCUCCCAAGUGUGUGGCCUUUAUUUCUAUUUAUAUAUGUUUGUAAAUGGAGUGACCCCCUUUCUCUUGCAAAAUAACCUCUUCCUGGCUGUUGGCUCACUUUGCUGGAAUUUUUCUGAAUCCAGGUUAAGAUUUCCAGAAGUCAGCUUUGGAAAACGUGACACUCCUACCAAAGUCCAGACGGUUUAGAAAGUUGUCACACACCAUGGGUUUCAGUGUUUUUGGAAAGCUGUUUUUUUCUGUUUUUCCCCCCCUCCAUUUUAGAAUCUUCUCCCAGUCCCUUUGGGCCUAGUUCUGUCUCAUCUUGCUUUAUUGGGUUUUAAAAGCCAGUCUUAUUUAACCUUUUCUAAUUUGUAUUUAUGUACUUAUUUAUUUUUUGGUAUGAUGGCAGGGAGGGGACAAAGCAGAAAUACCCCUUUUAUAUGACAGUGUGUGAGAAAAGAAACUUUAACUUAAAAAUCCUUAAAAUGUGCUCACUUCAGCAGCACAUAUACUAAAAUUGAAAUGAUAUAAAGAAGAUUAGCAUAUAGAAAAAAAGAAAAAAUAUUUCCUUAAACCAAGAAAACCAAGAAUGUUUUUAGUUUGUUGCGGUGCCCAGCAGAGGUUGAGGAGGGAUGGGUGUUGUUGGUGCACUUCUGGUUUCAUUUGGAGUGUGGGACAUUAGGGUGAGACAAGGACCUGGAAUUUAAAAACCACGGAAUCAAACACUGUGAACCACUGGUCUCUGGCUAAACAGAUCAGUUUUCUGAUUUUCUUUGGAAGCAUUUUGAAUUUUUCUGUUGAAGUUAGAUUUCCUAAUAGUCUUUUUCUCUUAGAUAAUCAGAACAAAUGGUUGAAUACAUUAUAAUACAAAAAUUCCUUCACUUUUUAUUCUUGGUUUUCUUGCCUUGUUUUUCGGUUUUAAUGCCAAAUGAUUGGGUCAUGGGGUGGGAAAUAAAAACAACUUUGUAUAACAAUGUGUAGUUGUGUUUGAAAUAAUGUCAUUUAUUUAUUAUUAUAUUGAUGUAAUUAUUUUUCUUCAGAGAGCUGCAGCACUUCCUAGAAACACUCAUUACUCUGCUUUAAGGUGCAACUCCAGUGUUAGUAGUCAGGUAAUUUCAUCAUGAGCUAGAUAAGAAGACUUAUUGAAAAAGACAGUAGCCGCCUCACUUCUCGGACAGAUGAGGCACUUUUACUCUGUGUGUGUGUGUGUCUGUGUGUGUGUGUGUGUGUGUGUGUGUGUGUGUGUGGUUUUUAGCUCUCUUUUUCCCAUGAGACAAUUUCUGUUACCCUAGUGAGAGCCAACUUGCAAGGGCAGCCUCCUCACCACUCCACUCUUUUAACGCUUGCCCUUCUUUACAUAUACCUCACUGUGUGUCUGUCACCAUUGAAAUACCUUCCCUGGGUACAAAAAUCCUGUUAGAAGGAAUAAGAUCUGGUGUUCAGUGGCACAGUAGAGCAACUAUAGUUAACAAAAAUUUAUUGAACUUUCAAAAUACAGGAGUGGAAUUGGAAUGUUCCUAACACAAAGAAAUGAUAAAUGAGCCAGGUGCCAUGGCUCAGGCCUGUAAUCCCAGCACUUUGGGAGGCUGAGGUGGGUGAAUCAUUUGAGCUCAGGACUUCAAGACCAGCCUGGGCAACAUAGCAAGACCCUGACU